GCAUGUGGGGGGAAGAAGCUACCCCAUUGUCCCGAAGAAUGGGGGGAGGGUGAUCCUAAACAUUGCCGUCCCGCAUUCCAUUCCGUCUGAUGGAAUUCGUCUUUAAUAUAAGACUUUAGAUUUCUCAAUUCCAUUCGUGAGCUUCACACAUCGUAAAAAUGCACCCCACCGCCCGCCUCGCCGUUCGCAGCAGCGGCUUCCGUGCUGCUGCCGGAACAGCUCGUCUCUCCCGCUUCCAGCCAUCCACACUCCCCCGUGUCGUCGUCCGCUUUUCUUCCUCUGGAUCAAACCCCCAGUAUGAGUUCAUCCAAGUGACUGAGCCCCGUCCGGGCGUCGGGCAGAUCACCCUCAACCGCCCCAAAGCCCUCAACGCCCUCUCCACCCCCCUCAUAACCGAGCUCAACACCGCCCUCCUCACCUUCCAAUCAACCCCCUCCAUCCGCGCAAUCCUCCUAACCGGGUCCCAGAAAGCCUUCGCCGCCGGCGCCGACAUCAAGGAAAUGGCACCCUUAACCUUCAGCUCGGCCUACCUCAACUCCUUCAUCGAAUCCUGGUCCAACCUCACCACCACCCUCAAAAAACCCCUCAUCGCCGCCGUCUCCGGCCACGCACUUGGCGGAGGGUGUGAGUUAGCCCUCAUGGCGGACAUAAUCUACUGCACCAAAACCGCCAAUUUCGGGCAGCCGGAAAUCAAACUUGGAACCAUCCCCGGAGCGGGCGGGUCGCAGAGGUUGACGAGGGCGGUGGGCAAGGCAAAGGCUAUGGAGCUGAUAUUGACGGGGAAGAGUUUCUCUGGGGAGGAGGCGGAACAGUGGGGGGUUGCUGCGAGGGCGUUUGGGAGUUAUGAGGAGUUGAUGGAGGAGAGUCUCAAGACUGCGGAGACGAUUGCGGGGUACAGCAAGGUUGCGGUGCAGGCGGCCAAGGAGGUGGUGAAUAAGAGCCAGGAGUUGGGGUUGAGGGAUGGGGUCGAGUUUGAGAGACGGGUUUUUCACGCGUUGUUUGGGAGUGAGGAUCAGAAGGAGGGGAUGGGGGCUUUUGGUGAGAAGAGGAAGGCUCAGUGGAAGGAUCAGUAGAGGUGGGGGGAGUGAUGCUGGUAGAAAGGAAGAGGUGUUUAUAGUUGUGGUGUAAAAGAUCUGUGAAAAGUUAUCAAGU